AUGGCAUCAAACUCAGAAUAUUAUUCUUCAGAUUCUGACAAUGACGAAACGGAAAAGCAACGUGAAUUAAAUGUGAUCAUUUUCGGCGAAUCGGGCGUCGGUAAAAGUGCGCUAAUUAAUCAAAUUUUUGAUAAAAACGUUGUUGAAGCAAGUAAUAGCGCAGUGGGAUGUACGAUCAUCAGUGCCAAAGUUUCGGGAACAUUGAAAGAGUACCCUCAUCUGAAAUUCAAUGUAUAUGAUACUGCUGGCCUUUCAGAAAGUGACGAUGGAAAUGUACCAACAGCUCAUGCUUUUGUUCAAUUAGUUAAACUGGCAUAUUCCAUUCCAAAUGGUAUUAAUUUAUUAAUCUGUUGUGCUGAGAAAGGACGUUUAGCUGGUGAACGAUUUAAAGCCAAUUAUCGUAUAUUUAUAGAAGAAUUAUGCGAAAAGCGAAUGCCUUGCUUGUUGGUAGUAACAAAAUGUGAUAACGAUCAUCCACUCAAUAAAUGGUGGAAUGACAAUGAAGACAUUGUCCGUGAGAGAUUGAAAUUUGAAUUUAUCGACUGUGUUUGUGUAUCUACCCUUAAAACAACCGGAAGAAGACCAGAUGAUAUUCUCGAAGAUUACACAGAAUCAAGGAGUAAUUUGAUUGAAGCUAUUUCGAAAUACUCACGUUCCGAACCAAUGCCAAUGGAUUCAUGGAAACGUGCAGCUCUUUCUUAUGCACGUUCGUUUUAUAAUAUGCUACGCCGGUUGCUCGGCUUCGAAGAGAACUCUAUACGGCCUGAACUAGAAAGAAUGUUUAUUGAACUCGGCUAUUCACCUGAAAGCGCGAUAAGUGAAGCUAACAAACUUUUGAACGAUUUGCAAGAACCCAAUUUGAUGGUUCCCUAUGCAGUGGUUGACGUAAAUUAA